UACUCAUUGAAAACAUUGUAAACAGUUCUGGAUUGACGCUGGAACAGUGAAGUUACUAAUAUUUUAAAUUUUGCUAGAAGCUGCUGUAUGUGCAUUUGAAAUGUCUGAAAGUUUUCAUUUGCGUUUAAUUCUAUGUAAUUUGGUGGUAUUUAUUGUAUUUAAUCUAUCCGCCUACUCUGAAGCAUCCAACAGCUGUGUUACACCUUUCGGCGUCUUAGGAGAUCAGUUGCCGCUAAGCGACUGCAAACCAAUGGUCGACUUUUUAAAUGAGUAUGGCUUGAAAUUGACAUCAGACCACAGGAAAUUUCUUGAAAUGAGUUUUGUGGAUUUCAAAAAGCGCAUUGUCUGCUGUGACCUCGACUUCGAUUCCGUGCGCUCUUUCGAUUCAGUUGGCGUUGAAAUACUUCGCAAUCAAGCUUGUGGUGAUAAUUCUCGCAAGCGAAUCUCUUUCGGUUCCGAGAGCACUUUCCUCGCUCAUCCCUGGGCCGUCUUACUCAUCUAUAAUCGCGGUCAUAAAUUCCAAUGCGGCGGUACUUUGAUAACGAAUCGUUAUGUGUUGACAGCAGCGCAUUGCGUAAAAGCGCAUCUUUCUGGUGUUCGUUUGGGCGAGCACAACAUUAACGUUACUGUCGAUUGCGAAUUGGAUGAGCUGGGUGAAGAGCAUUGUCUAGCGCCGCCGCAAGAUGUUGGCAUUGAAAAGUUGAUUAAGCAGCCGGGAUAUUCAGCAACGAACUACAACAAUGAUAUAGCCUUACUACGAUUGGAGAGGCGAAUUUCAUUUUCAAGCAGCGUAAAGCCCAUCUGCAUACCGGAAUACCAGAACCAAGUGUUCGAGAAGGAAUGGGGCAUUAUAAGCGGCUGGGGUUCUACAGAGAAUUCAACCUUUUCGAAUGUGCAUCGUCAAGCUAACAUACCGAUCAUAUCGCGCGAGAGCUGCCAGUCGGUAUAUCGGCGUCGCAGUGUGGACAACACAAAACUCUGUACGCGUGGCAUUGAAGGGGAAGACACCUGCGAUGGCGAUUCCGGUGGACCCCUGUACGUUCGCGUAGAGGGUCAUGCUAGUGAACGUAAAUUUCGUUAUGUUCAAGUUGGUGUUAUAUCGCUGGGUUAUCAUCAGUGUGGCACGAAAAAGAAUACACCGGCGUUAUAUACAAAUAUUGCGUCCUUCUAUGAUUGGAUUGCAUUCAGCAUAGAGCUGUGAAAAUAAACACUCUUUAAAAUUUAAAAUUAAA